UGAUGUAGCGCGCGGUGUGGUGCGGGCGGAAGCGGGUGGGAUGAUGGCGGCGGUGCAGCAGGGCUCCAGCAAAUGGCUCUUCACCCGAGAACAGCUCGAAAACACGCCGUCCCGCCGCUGCGGAGUCGAGCCCGACCGCGAGCUCUCAUACCGACAGCAAGCCGCCAACCUAAUUCAGGAUAUGGGACAGCGAUUAAACGUAUCCCAGCUUACGAUUAACACAGCAAUCGUCUAUAUGCACCGGUUUUACAUGCUUAAUUCCUUUACGAAAUUCCAUAGAAAUAUCAUUUCUCCCACCAUACUCUUUCUGGCCGCUAAAGUGGAGGAACAACCGAGGAAACUUGAACACGUUAUUAAAGUAGCACAUGCUUGCCUGAACCCUCAGGACCCUCCGUUGGACACCAAGAGCAAUGUGUACCUCCAGCAGGCUCAAGAGCUGGUGCUGUUGGAGACCAUAGUUCUGCAGACACUUGGGUUUGAGAUAACAAUAGAUCAUCCACACACAGAUGUGGUGAGAUGUUCCCAGCUAGUACGAGCGAGCAAGGACUUGGCCCAGACCUCCUAUUUCAUGGCUACCAACAGUCUGCACCUGACUACCUUCUGUCUGCAGCACAAACCCACAGUGGUGGCAUGUGUCUGCAUUCAUCUGGCCUGCAAGUGGUCCAACUGGGAGAUUCCCACCAACUUAACAUUUUUAAAAAAAAUUAUUAUGUUCUCUGUUUCUGUAGACCUGACUCACGAGUUUCUCCAGAUCUUGGAAAAAACACCAAGCAGAUUAAAAAGAAUCAGAAACUGGCGGGCCAAUCAGGCUGCAAAGAAACCAAAACUCGACAACCAAUCUUUAGACGGUUCCUUCCAGACAACUCUGAGCCAGGACAGUUCAUUCAUGGGGGGCAUGUGUGACUUUAAAGGGGACGUGUAUUCCGAACCAUCCACCUCUUUCCCAUUGGAUGGGGCAUCGAUGUCACUCAACGGUCUGUCAGACCUGCAGAGCUCUGCUUUCAGCUUUCCUGCACCAAUAUCCCAGAGCGCGGAUGCAUUUCUCGCACUCCAGGGGGUGCAGGCGAGCAAACACGGACAUGCCUUGGCAGCUCUCGCCCCUCAGAAACUCACUCUAGAGAAAUACCGUGAAAAACACGCGGCCGAAUUAGAGCAAAGACGCAGACACGAAGAAGAGGAUAGCGACCAGCAUCGAAAACACGGACAUUUAUCGUCCGAACCGUCUACGUCAAUCAGGGUGAAGUAUUCACAACAGCAGGUACCGGAGCGAUCGUUAAAGAGCGGGUCACUAAAACGGCGCCACCCUUCCUCAUUAGAAAAUGGUUCCGCUAGUCAAGAAGAGCUGAAAAUGAAGAUCAAGGUUUCGUCUGAAAGUAGCAGCAGUGGUAAGAGCCGUCACAGUCCUCGUUCGAGCCGCGAGAAACAUCGCGAACAUUCGUCACACAAAAUGGCGAGACACGACUCGUCACACUCGCACGGUAGCCACCACCAUCACCACCAUUCAUCCAAAUCUCAUCGAUCUUCCAAGAGCCACUCCUCCUCUGCCUCCGUAUCUGUCAAUCAACCUAUAGGCCACGCCCAGUUGGCAAAAAUUGACAGGAGGCUGGGGGAGGGGCAGAGUUCUGAGCCCAAUGCUGCUUUAAUAAAUAACGGUCCACACAUGGAUUAUGAAGACACUUUUAAUAUGCUUGAUUCCCUAUUAAAUGCACACAACUUCUAAACUAGCAGAAAAACUGACGUUUUUACGUAAAACGUAAGAUUUUCGUUCUUGAGCUAAUUUUAUGCAAGAAUCACUCAUCCGUUACAUGUCAUAGUCUCUUUGAUUUAAUCAUGUUUUAUCACUGAAUUUAAAGAAAAACUACAAAGUGAAGGUUGUAACAGCGUUUUAGUGUAAACGUGUAAACAAUAUUUGCAAAUUCAUGAUUUUAAAACCUCAGAGUCGUAGAGCUUGCUAAAGAGACUGCGAAAUGCCUCUGGCAAUUUUAACCAGUUUUAGUUGGAAAAACGCAAUGUGAUAAAGUGAAUAUUUGUAUGUUAAUCACUUCAUGCUUGAUUCACUGUUUUUUUUUUGUUUGUUUGUUUUUCAUUUUUCAAAGGGAUGAAAAUAGAAACGUGUGACUGUUUACAAAAGGAAGGUGCAGAUAUCUGUUCACUGUUAUUUGUAUCGAUAUAUCUAUAUCUAAUUAUAUUUCACGAAUGCUCAGGUUUGGAGUUUCCUAAAGGCGAAAUUGUCAGUCAAAACGUAACUUCGCAAAAUUUUAGCUGAAAUUUCGCAAAAAUGCCUGUACACAGAUUCCAUUAUAUCGCUUUCCAUAUAUUGUAAAUCUUAAUGUACUGUAAAGUUAACUAUUUUAUGUUGUUACCCUCUGUUAGAAAGCUGAACCGAUGACGACAUCAUGCCCAGGGUCCUUUGCGUAGUAACUGUUGUGUCUUACGAUUUUGAAGACCUUACGCUUGUAAUUUUUUUGGGGUUUUUUGAGACUUAACAAUAGUGGAAAGCAAAAUGGCUUUUCGGCAAGAAGUGGGUAUUUUUUCUGUUUUGCUUUGUGCGCCAAGCUUGAAUGGUCAAGAUCGCAUCCCAGAAUUCUCAGCUGAUCUGUUCUGUUCAUCAUGGUGUACGUCGAGCCUUAAAACUGUCCGAUAGAGAUUUUAGCAGGUUGUGUCUAUCUUCAGGUUGUGUCUAUCUGUCCCAUUUCCUAUGAUCUCAGUAUUUAAGAUUCGAUUUCUGUUCCUGUCUUCUCCCCACCCUGGCUGCUGAUUCUGAUUGGUUAGUAAGUGGGCUGCCAUUCAAACAAACCAGCAGUCAACUUCCUGUUCUCUGUUCAGCGCUCUUAGAACAGCUUUAAGAGCGUUUGAAGGUUUUGGAUGUGGAUUACAAGGAGAAACUCACUCUAGAUGUGGCCUAGACUCCUGUUGUGCUGUUGUAACCUCCUUUCACCAGAUACCAAAGGUUUGUGCCUCAGUGUUUGCCCA